GGUAGUAUGGCGUAGAAUUAUUUCUCCGAAUUUUAUCCGAUCAUUGGUAUGAAGGUAAUUGAAGAACCAAGUAGGCCGCUCUGAAUUACCUCCUAGAAACCUGAGUGAAUCCCUCUAGUACUGGAGGGGCCUUAUUAGUAUGUCAAGUAGAUGCGAUAUAGUAUUUUUACUUGAUCUCAUGAGUAUGGAAGUAGUCUUAGACUCAUUGUCACAAGGGAUACUCGUACUAGUAAAAAUUUGGUCAACCUUCUCCCUAAACAAACUGCAUCAUAUAAGCCAAAGCAGAUCCUAAAUUACAGGCCAGACCAAUAACAAAGCAAUCAAACCCCAUGUGAUCCGCACCUGGGUCUCUCGUUGGGACGUAGAGUAAAUCCGAUCGCAUCCAUCAUAUAAUUCGAGUUCCAUGUACUUAACCUGACAGGCCUUUCUGCGCUAUGCUCGUCCAUUAACUAAAAAUAAAUUCUAACAACAGGUAAGCACAUACGUAAACAACGCAGGAUCUACAUCACUGCGGGGGUUAAGAUGAAUCCUCGGUAUAAGCUGCUGUCGGCAACUUAUCGGCGCGAUCUUACUUGUUGUCAACUUAGCAGUGCUGUCAGUCAUUAGCUUAUUAUAUUCCAUCACAUGCGUCGGGGUAGUAUAGCAACAUCUCUCGCUCCCUAAGAUCCCGGAAACCCAUGGCCGAUCACAUGGCAUCAUGCCAGGAAAAACGAUGACGCUCAUAAGUAACGUUCCCCUAGAUCUCGUAGACGGCAUCCACGCUCCCCGAGGCCACCGCCUUCAUAUACAACGCCUACGCCCUACGCUGGUCGCCCACUCGCUCGCUGCCUGAUUGCGCGCGUGAGGCUCGAAAAGGGGGAUACAUUAACAAGUCGUGGCAUUGUCAGUUUAGCUAGCUCCAACCCUUCUUCUGGUCAGCUAGAGCCGCCAUGGCAAUGUGGGUGUCUCUGCUUCCUCCUCCCAGGCUCCUGCUUCCUUUGCUGGUGCUGCUGCUGCCGGUGGUUGCUGCCGUCCAUGGUGGGCAUGGCCAUAGCAACCUCACAGUCGGGUUCUACAGGCACUCGUGCCCCGACGCCGAGGCCAUUGUCCGCGAGGUUGUCGCCGAGGCCGUGGAGGACGACCGGACCGUCACCGCGCCGUUGCUCAGGCUGCACUUCCACGAUUGCUUCGUCAGGGGUUGCGACGCAUCUGUGCUGCUCAACUCGACCAAGAACAACACGGCGGAGAAGGACGCCAAGCCCAACCACACUCUGGACGCGUUCGACGUCAUCGACGCCAUCAAGGAGAAGCUGGAGAAGAAGUGCCCCCGCACCGUCUCCUGCGCCGACAUCCUCGCCAUAGCCGCCAGAGACGCCGUCUCGCUGGCUACGAAAGUGGUGACCAAGGGAGAGUGGCGCAAGGACGGCAACCUGUACGAGGUGGAGACAGGCCGGCGAGACGGCCGCGAGUCCAGCGCCAAGGAGGCGGCGGUGCACUUGCCUGAUUCCUUUGAUGGAAUCCUCAAGCUCAUCACGAGGUUUAAGUCCAAGGGCCUCGGACUCAAGGAUCUGGCCGUUCUAUCAGGUGCCCACGCGCUGGGGAACUCGCACUGCCCAUCGAUGGAGAAGAGGCUGCGCAACUUCACGGCUCAGUACGACAUGGAUCCGACACUGGACACGGCGUACGCGGCGACGCUGAAGCAGCAGUGCACGAAGCCCGAGGACAACGAGACGGAGCUGGCGAUGGUGCCGGGGAGCUCGACGACGUUCGACGCCACCUACUAUCGCCUCGUCACGGAGAAAAAGGGCCUCUUCCACUCCGACGAGGCGCUGCUCAGCAACGGCGCCACCAGAAUGCUCGUGUACGGCUACAUGAGGUCGGAGAGGAGGUUCUUCAGCGACUUCGGGGUGUCCAUGCUGAACAUGGGCAGGGUUGAUGUGCUCACCGGCCGCGACGGGGAGAUCAGGAGGAGAUGCGCCGUUGUCAACUAAUAUAAGCUAGCUAGCCGGCUGAUCUACUGUGUGGUGUUCGAUCUUGCCAAUUUGAUGUACUAGUGUGGAACUGCUUUUGCAUGUUCUAUAGAUGUGUAGGAACCGAUGCUUUGACUUUGGAAUUCCGAGAUUUGGGUUGACAAUUGUAAUUGUAGUAAUGUUUAUGGAAUGUGAUAACAUGUUCCAUAACUUUUGGGUCAGCUGUCAUGCAAGCACCAAGCUUUUCUAGUAAAAUGGCAUAUGUUGAUCCACAGAAUGAAGAAAAAACAUGCUGAAACAUUCAAGCAAUGGUUGCAAUCACAAGUUUAGUAGUGUAUUUUUUUUUUUUUAGUUUCAAG